AUGUGUUCAAACAUAACCCGCCGAAAUGCGUCUCCAGGAAACAGAAGACGGACAAAUACAGGAAAACAUCUCCCACUGGAAACAAAGCACAGAGAGUGUAGUUCUGACCCUGCUGACCCCCAAAGGUACUAUUUUAUUACUAAUUCACGUUUUAGUCAUACUUUUGUAUAUCCUUUUAUUGUUUGUUUUACAAAUACAGAUAUUUCUUAAACAUGUCCAGCUACUUCUUCUUGUGUAUAUAUAGAACCUUUUUAAUGGUUGUAUGACUAUUUUAUAUAGUUAAAGGUGUUAACAGUAACACCAAUUAUCGUUACCAAUUUGGAAAACAGUACAAGAUAAUCAAGGUAUCAAUAUUAAUAUCUAAGAGUCAGCUUUUUUUGGAUAUUUAACCAACAGUGCAGUUACAUACCAUAUUGAUGUAAAGUUAACCCUUAUGUCCUAUAUAAGGUAAAUUAGGCCCUUCAAAAUGUAAAAACAUUAUACAUUUUUUAACUGUAAUUUGUAAAGCUUUAUAUUCUGUUUUCAUUCUGUUCUGUUGAAUACCCUGACUACUUCUGACUAUAUACCAUAUACUGUAUAUAUAUAUAUAUAUAUAUAUAUAUAUAUAUAUUUAUAUAUAUAUAUAUAUAUAUUUAUUUAUUUAGUUAGUACCCCUAAGGUCCCUAAAAAUAAAAAUAUAUAUAUAUAUAUAUAAAUCUAAAUAUAUCUAUAUCUAUCCAUAUUUAUCUCUCUCUCUCUAUAUAUAUAUAUAUAUAUAUAUAUAUAUUUAUUUAUUUAUUUAUUUAUUUAUUUAUAUAUUUUAUCUGCAUCAUGUGCACACGAUAGGCCUAUCUAAUUAUUCUUUGUAAUUUUAUUCUUUCUAUUCUUUGCAAACAUUUUAUUUUGGGCAAAACUCAUUUCCAUGUAGGAACAAUAUUAUCAUGUGCAUAAGAAUUAUAAUCUUUAGUGCACACUUUCGUUAUCUUUAUUGAGCAACUGUUGAUGUUAUUUCAUAAGUUUGUGCACAAAUUAUUUAUAUUGUGUCAUGAGAUCAUUAUCUUGUGGGCAAGAUAACUAUUAUAUCACACGCGCAAGAAACUAAUUAGGAUUAUGUGUGUGUGUACAUUAUUUAAUCCAUUUCACUUUAUUAACAGGCAAAAUAUUUACCAAAGUGCUGCACAAAAAGAUAAAAAUCAUCACAAAUAUAAUACAUUGAAACAAAAUUAAGGGCCUGUGAAACACAAAGACAUUACAAGAGCAAAACAAAGAUAACGUAAGUCAAACUAAGCUUCAAGUGAGGUUUAAAUUUCACAAGACAAUCAACUUAUUCCCACAAAAACAACAUGUGUACAUAAUAAAAUCACAGUAAAGGAUGAGGAUGGAUUCAAUGAAACAUUUAUAGAAAACAGCAAGAAUGGACUGGUGAACCUGAAGUUUUCAGAGCUUACAGAGAUAAAAGAGCAUACAAGUUAAUAUUAUGAGUACACAAAGUGAAGGAAAUGUCCUCUCUGGGAAUUCAGGGACUCUAUAUUUGUCUCAUGUUUUAAAUCGUAUUAUACUAUUCUCUAAAUGCCCUUGUUUAUUCAGUUUCUGCAAAGAAUCCAGCUUAAUAUGAAAUCAGUGCAACAUGGCUCUUAUUUAAUGUACUGAAAAGAGUCUCUUUGUGGACCCUUUUGUCUUAUUUUAGUGAUACCAAUGUAAUGUAAAUUUUAUGGCAGUAUUUUUAAAAUAAGAUUUUAUGUAUUUAUUCUAUUGAGUCUUUUACUUUUGGAAUGAAUUCAGCAGCAUGUAAGUGAACAGCACAUAAAUCAAUUAAAAAUAAAAAAAAAUACAGACACAAAAACAUGCACAGCUAAACUCCUGUAAAGGAAAUCAACCCUCCUAAUUAACUCUCAUGCCUGAUCAAUUACACACUCGUAUCACUAGAGAGCGCAUGCGCUUACCUCCAGGCAGAGAAACACUACCUGGCUCUUCGUGACGUACACGAGACAAGAAGAUUAUUACCGAGAGAGGAGGAGGAGAAGGGAGAGAGACUUGAUACUGGUUUCUUCCUCAGUGUUUUAGGAGGAGGAGGAGCGCGCAUGUCUGUGCCUGUCCAAAGUGAGAGAAAGACGCUCAGACACGCCUCCUUCAGAGAAGUGGAGGUGAGUUCAGGUCCACUCCUCACUCUGGUCGGCUCUCUCGGACUUAUUAAAUUCAGGAAGAAGAACAGGGAGCCAAAGACAUGGACAGAGGAGGAGAAUUAA